AUGGGUGUAGGAAAUGACGCAGUUGUGAUUUCUGGAAGGAAGCUGGCCCGGCAAAUCAGGCAGGAAGCCCGUUACGAGGUUGAACAAUGGGUAGCGGCUGGAAACAAGAGACCUCACCUCAGCGUCGUUCUCGUUGGUGAAGAUCCCGCCAGCCAUUCCUAUGUGCUGAACAAAACCAAAGCGGCUGCAGACGUCGGAAUCAGCAGUGAAACAAUCCUCAGGCCGGCUUCUAUUACUGAAGAGGAGCUACUGGAUUUGAUCAGCAAACUCAAUAAUGAUGCCAACGUGGAUGGCCUGUUGGUACAGCUUCCUUUACCCAAACACAUCGAUGAGCGCAGGAUUUGUAACGCUGUGUCUCCAGACAAAGACGUUGAUGGCUUUCAUGUGAUCAAUGUGGGGCGCAUGUGCCUCGACCAGUACUCCAUGCUGCCGGCUACCCCGUGGGGGGUGUGGGAGAUCAUUAAGAGAACUGGCAUCCCAACGCUGGGGAAGAAUGUGGUUGUGGCUGGCAGGUCGAAGAACGUGGGCAUGCCCAUCGCCAUGUUGCUGCAUACGGAUGGCAGGCACGAGCGCCCAGGAGGCGAUGCCACAGUCACCAUAUCCCACCGCUACACCCCCAAGGAGGAGCUGAAGCAACACACGAUCCGUGCUGAUAUUGUGGUUGCGGCAGCAGGCAUCCCCAAUCUGAUCACGGCUGAUAUGAUCAAAGAAGGAGCUGCGGUUAUUGAUGUGGGGAUCACGAGGGUGCAGGAUCCAGUCACUGCCAAAUCAAGGCUGGUCGGGGAUGUGGAUUUUGAAGAGGUGAAGAAGAAAGCCAGCUACAUCACCCCCGUCCCUGGGGGAGUUGGGCCCAUGACCGUUGCCAUGCUGAUGAAGAACACCAUCAUUGCUGCCAAGAAGCUGUGGAAACCCAAAGAGCUGGAAGCAUUAACGGCUUAACGUGGGACACUCUCUCUAGCACUGAAAACAACAUUCCAAACCGACUCCCAAACAGGCCGAUAGAAAAUGCAAUAUUUUUAUUUAUUGUAUUGGAAGUGGAAUUUCCUAUUCUGAGGCCACAGGUAUUUACUGGUCGCUGAAGCAUAUGCACGAGUCGUACUAAGGUGUAAGCAUCUACACUCCUGGCCUACUCAUGCUAGCAAAGCUGCUUUAUCUUUAAGCUAGCUCUUCUAGGAAGCUGGCUCUUGCAAGGACGAGGCAGCGGUUGGGAUCGUGGGCGUGUGGCUCCCCCGGGAGCUCGGUGCGGCGUUAGCGCUCCCGGGGGGAGGUAGAGCGCUGCUCCAUGGUGCAAAAGCAAUGGCCUUCAUGGUUCUGUUCUCACGGAUGCCAAUCUGCCCGGACUGCUUGUGUUUGAUGCGUGCUGAAGUCUUCUACUCAAUGCUGGAUGCUUAGUUUGAGUUAAGCUCUUCUGUAGAAGAAGUUAUUUGGGAAAACAAAAAGCCAUAUGUCUGUUCUCAGCCUGUCCAGGGCCCUGGGCAGCGGCAGAUCUCUUGUAGCAUGUUCUAGUGUGCAGCUAAGUUGGGGUUUGGUUUUUUUUUUUGCUAUUUGGAUGGUAACUUUUUUAAAAGCCUUUUUUCUUUUUCUAACCAAAGAACAAAGGGGAGGGGGCUGUUGCUGUCUACAUUGGGCACUGGGGAGGUUCCCUGGGCUGUGUUGUAAAGUGGGUCAGUAUUAGUGAAUAAUGCAGGCUAGCUCUAAAUAAAGAAGAAAUAACAAACCAGAAACCUCUUCAUGUUUCCCAGAAAAGGAGAGCUGUUCCCAGCAAGAGUUUAUAAAAGCGCUUGUGGUAUGAGCUGCAGCAUUAGGCCUGGCUUUCUGCCUGUGUUUAGCCAAGAUCCAACUGUUCCCCCCCACUUCUGCUUAGAAGAAAAUGGUCUCUCACUUUCUCACCUGAACAAAACCUGUUCCUCUUCCCUACCUCCAUCAACAGGACAGCAUAAAAUUAGUCCCUAAGGAGUUUGCAAGCUCUAAUUAACUGUUGGAUGUUCACCUUACCUGAGAUGGCAAUGCCUUGGGCAGGGUGGAAAAACUUACACGCAGCUAGGUCAGUUGUGGGCUCCUUCCUGGGGGAGUAUUCCCUGGAAAAGACCAAUCCCACCUUUUCUGGGAGGGGUGAGUGCUUACCAAAACACUAAACAAGGAGGGGGGAGGACAGCUGAGGUUCAAGGGUUCUGCCCCACAAACACACUAAGAGCUGAGACUCAUUGAAAUGAGGUUUAUUGGGUUGUUAUCGUCGAUAAAUACAAAAUGGCUAAAGUGGUGCUGUAACAGAGGGGGCAGAUCGGAGACGCUCCGCUCUUUUCCUAUACAAAAAGAGUAGAAACCACGUGUCAACCUUGCAAACUGGACAAAUUCAGUCAAAACUGAGCUGGACGCUAGCGUGGCUUUGGCUCUGCUUUAAGAAACAUCGACAGGAGUCCCCCAAAGCCUUGCCGGGGGCAUCACGUAGUA